UCACAGUGUGGCGCAUAUUUGUAACAAUGUUAAAGUUGUUUAUACGGCCACCCUCAGUGUGACCUGUAUGGCUGUUGACCAAGUAUGCAUGGCAUUCACUUGUGUGUGUGAAAAGCCGUAGAUAUUAUGUGACUGGGCCGGCACGCAAAGGCAGUGCCUUUAAGGUUUAUUGGCGCUCUGUACUUCUCCCUACGUCCGUGUACACAGCGGCGUUUUAAAAAGUCAUACAUUUUACUUUUUCAAAAUGAUACCGAUAAUAUCCGAUAUUACAUUUUAAAGCAUUUGUCGGCCGAUAAUAUCGUCAGUCCGAUAUUAUCGGACAUCUCUAAUAAUAAUGAUGGCAGGAAAAUUAGAGAUCGACCGAUUAUCGGUGCCGAUAUUUGCCAUUUUGACGUAAAUGCAACAACAGAACCAAAUGAGCAGAUCCAAUAUAUGGCACCAAUUUUUAGUAUUAAAAAUAAUAUUUAAUGAUUAGAUAGCACUUCUAUUUUUACUGGAGCCCUAUUUUCUAUUUGCUUAAGAAUAACAAAUACUCUCAACAGUAAUUCUUCCCAAAUAUGUUUUGAUAUCUGCCAGAACAUUUAUUUCAGUUCUUGUGAGAAUUCUCCUUCUCCUUUGCUGAAACUGUCCAAAAUUCCAGUUUCUGAUGCAGAUGAUCAUAUCUGCUGUAUAGAUUGUUGCGUUUUGGACCAGUUGUUCCUCCCAGGGAAUUCAAGUCACAAGUCGCUCCCAAGCUCUUUACGACACUUAAAGCUGAGUUGAAAAACCACCAGAGACAGAAUAGGUAUUUUGUAAUAUAUUUGCAAAGCUUUGCAGAUAUACAUUUGAGACCAGUCCAGCAUAGAACAUUCUAUCGCCCCGCCAAACUGGUCUGCCCCCCGAAACACCCUCUCCCCCCUUAAGUCCCUGGCAGUCCUGUGUCUCUAGCCAAAACAAAUGCUUAUUAUCGCUCCUUCUUACAUUCCAAAGCCUCAAGGUUAACACACACAGUUUACUUGCAGACAGAGCAGCAAGAGAAGAAAUGGAAAACACGAGCUGUUUUCAAAUAUGACUAUGAAAUAAAAGAAGUACAACUUAAAUUCGGAUAUAUGUAAAUAUCUGCCUCCGACAAGAUUGACUUUAGAAAAGAGAAGUGUAGGAUAUUUCUCUUGUUGUUUUAUUUGUAUUUUACUUUAUUAAAUGUUUAGGUAGAUUUUUAUUACCCAAAACAAGUUUUAUUUUAAGUCAUAGAGAAAUGUAUCACUGCUGUUUGUCUAUUUAAUGGAGGAAUGUAGUUAAUCAUAGAAGUGGCACCCAAUGUUAUUAAGAAAGUAUUGAUUUUGAAUUGAGAAUCGAUUCUGAAUCAAAUCGUUACCCCCCAAAAAUCGAAUCGUGUGGUGCCCAAAGAUUGACAACCCUCGUUAUCGGCCGCCUUGACUACAAAUAAUCGGUAUCUGUAAACCACAUCGGUCGAUCUCUGGUGAAAACGACAUUGUUGUUGUUCUCAGGUUUGUUCAAUAAAGCAAAGUUUGAACUUUGGCUCCUCCCACACGUCAUUUGAUGCCAGAUUAGUGGUCGGGGGUCUCGCCGGUCGCCCCCUGCGGAGCAUUCAAGCCUUUACAAUUGUGACACUUUGUCCACACAUGGAGGACGUUUGUACACAAAAUCUGCGGCCGCCUCAUAGUGGCCGCUUUGUCCCACCCCCCACGCCCCCACCCUUACUGCAAUGCAUGCUGGGACUCCGGCUGACACUUGCCGCCCAGGUAAAAAGCGGAGCAGAUGAAUGCCCGCCGCAGGUCGGAUAUCUGAGCCCCCACCCCAGAAGAAACCAAGUGGUGGUGAGGACGGGGGUCCUCUCUCUGGAUGGUGUCUAUGCCUGAGGUAUCGUUGCACAUCGCCUCCUCAGAGCUAAACCAGAGCUAUGAGGACUCUCCCCAAAAGUCGAAGCUGCCAGGUGUACUGCGUUUUCGGGCGUGGGCAGAAGGACCCCACCCAGCCUGAAGAAGAGGAGGCACCCCCUGCAUGUGUCACCUGGAGGAGAUGGACGUCCGCUCUCCUGCCUUUCUUCUCCUGCGCCGCCGUUGUGGCGUUUGCCGUCCACUACUUGGCGUCCCCGCCCUCCUGCGUCUUCUUCCUGGGAUGCAGCGUGGAGUUCCCCAACCUGAGCUUCUCCUCGGAGCUGGCCGACUGCUCCUCGCCGCAGUUCCACCUGCAGGCUCAGGCUUUGAACCGUUACUUGUCAGAGGUCUACAAGUCCUCUCCGUGGAGCUCCUACUACCUGCGCUCAGGGAUUACCGCCUUCAGUGAAGGAGCAUCGGGCCUCAACGUCUUCUACUGGAGCCAAUUCUACGCACCGCAUCACGUUGCCAUGGCGAUCCGGAGGUCCAGCCCGGAGAGGCUGCAGCGCCGACUUCCCGGCAGCACCAAGGUGCUGUGGGACGGCCGACAUGAGCAGCGGUACUACUUGGAGAAAGAUGACGUCACGCUGCAACUAUUGGGGUUAGACCCUGACGACUAUGAAUCAGAGGAGAAAUCCGACAAGAUAAAGAACCCACAAAGUCUCCAGGGCGGGAAGUGGCAGCUAGGCUUCCAAGCGAUGUCCUUCGACCUGUACGCUAAACACGGCGUCAACCGCACCCUGAGCCUGGUGGCUCCCAAGAAGCUGUACUACCAGUGGCGUCUCCGCGUGCCGCCGGGUCACGUGGUGCGGCUGCUCGUCCUCGCCCUGCAGGGAGCGGCGCCGGGAAGCUGCGGCGCUCACAAGCUGUCGGCCUACGACUUCCUGCUUCCUUUGCAGAACAAGAUCCUCGCCAGGUGGUGCGGGCAGGGUUCGCCCGGCGCCAUGAGCCUGACCUCUUCCGGGAACGUCAUGUUGGUCACCUUGUCCUUCAGCCGACAGAGGGAGGGCGCUAUCUUUAAAGCUUACUUCCAGGCCGUCCCCAAAGCAGCUUGCGGAGGCUCACUUUCCUCCUGGAAUGGCUCCAUUUCCUCCCCGCACCACCCUUCUUACUACCCUCCUAAUGUCGACUGCAGAUGGACGCUACGAGCACCGUUGCCUGGAUACCUGAUCUCCAUGACGAUAGUGACGGUAGACAUCCAGGGGUCGUCGGAUGGCUGCGAGAAGGACUGGCUGGACGUUGGCGGAGUCAAGCUGUGCAACCCGGUGUCAGACAGCAGCAAGAGGCGAAUCUACUCGUCUCCGCUUUCCAUCCACUUCCACUCGGACGAAUCUGUAACCCACAAAGGUUUCCACCUGCUCUACAAGGCUUUCUCUCCGGAAGGCUUGUGUCCUCGUCAGUUUCGCUGUGGAGACGGUCGUUGUGUCCCUUUAAGAAAAGUGUGUGACGGAGUGCGAGACUGCCCAGAUGGACGGGAUGAGGCCAAAUGCUCGGCGUGCAGACCUGGCGAGGUGAUGUGCGCUAACGGACGCUGUCAGCCUCACGGCAGCCGUUGUUCCAGCGUGUGUGCCGACAGCAGCGAGGAGCGCAGCUGCAGAAGUCAAUGCUACCACACAUGUCCCAACAAAGCGUGCCUGACCAAGUCUUCGGUGUGCGACGGCGUGGUGGACUGCAAAGACCGCAGCGAUGAGAAGAACUGUACCAGAGCUUACCUCAAAGGCUGCUCCUCAUCCUCGUACAAAUGUGCCAACCAGAAGUGUGUGAGCAAGGUCAACCCCGAGUGUGACGGCGUCAAGGACUGCCUCGACGGGUCUGAUGAAGUGCGAUGCGGCUGCGGCGUCCGUCCCAGGAGGCGUGCCAAGAUAGUGGGCGGCUCGGACGCGGGUGCUGGCUCGUGGCCGUGGCAGGUGAGCCUUCAGAUGGAGCGCUACGGUCACGUCUGCGGCGCCACGCUGCUCGCCGGCCGCUGGCUGGUGUCGGCCGCUCACUGCUUCCAGGACUCCGACGCUGUCAAGUACUCAGACCCACGGGCAUGGCGGGCCUUCAUGGGGCUGCGCGUGAUGACCGCCGGGGGCAGCGGCGCCGCCACCAGACCCGUCCGCCGCAUCCUGCCUCACCCCAAAUAUGAGCAGCUCACCUCCGAUUACGACAUCGCCCUCCUGGAGCUGGGCGCCCCCGUCUUCUUCAACGACCUGGUGCAGCCCGUGUGCGUGCCCGCCCCCUCGCACGCCUUCGCCAUCGGGGCCAGCUGCUACGUCACGGGCUGGGGAGUCCUAGCGGAGGACGGCGACCUGGCCACGCGCCUGCAGGAAGCGUCCGUGAGGAUAGUUAACAGAAACACCUGCAACAAGCUGUACGAUGACGCCGUCACUCCCAGAAUGCUUUGUGCUGGGACCCUGCAGGGGGGCGUGGACGCCUGCCAAGGUGACUCUGGGGGUCCGCUGGUGUGCCUGGAGCGCGGCAGGCGCUGGUUCCUGGCGGGCAUCGUGAGCUGGGGCGAAGGCUGCGCCAGGCAGAACCGGCCGGGCGUGUACACGCAGGUGGUGAAGUUCACCGACUGGAUCCAUCAGCAGACCCGGGGACAGGUGUGACGCAGGUGUGUCGUUAGUCCGGUGAUCGCCGUGUCAGGAAACGGAAGGCGAGGUUUUUUAGGUGGUCAAGUGGACUCUGACACACUGAGACUUUGACUUUGCCCAUCAAUGCACAAGGAAACUGAACCUCGUUACAAAAUAAAGGCAACAUUUCCCA